CUGAGCAUGUCGAGGAAGCCCGCCAGUGGCUCGCGUCCAAGCAUCACUCUCAAAAGAGCUUGAUUGUGGUGAUGUGGUACGCUGCGACAUGCAUUCGCCCAUCCAAUGCCGAGUCAAUGCUUCGCUUUCUCCGCCUGGCCCUGGCUAGCGGCGCGAACCCAGAUCAGUUGUUCCAUGUGGGGCAUGACCCACAGAUCCCGGCGAACACUAUGUCAAGCGGCGUACUGUCCGCGGUCUCGUUGGAAGCUCCCUAUUCAGCCCCCCGCGUAAUCGACCUGCUGAUAAGAUGGGGCGCAGGGGCAACCCCAAUACGACGUCAAUCUCUAGUGACUCAAUCGCUAUCAGACGGCCGAAAGAAAAUUCAGUGCUACUCUCAUCUUGCUUAUAUGAUUCUCAAUGCCGAGUGUGGGCCCCACAUCUUCACAAAACAACACCUGGAGGUCGCCCAUGCACUGUUGCGCAAUGGAGAGAGUCUGGACUCGGCCUACUCGUCAGUGGUCAGAGAUGCGCAGGGAGACGCGCAAUCAACUGGUCGAUCCGAGCCGAUCGAAUGGGUCCUGGGCGAGAAAGAACGGCUGGAGCCUUCGCUGGCCAACAACGCGAACUACCUAGCGUUCAAGGCCCUCGUGCGCCAGGUCCGCGCGGCCGGCAGCUACCGCAGCUACGUGAUCGAGCAGCGCCGCACGUGCGCGUUGGUGCGACAUCUGGCGAUUCACGACCGCGCGACGACGCGCGACGGCGUCUUAAAUUUCCUCGCCCGUACUGGUGAACGCGGCCUGUUCCGACGCGUCAUGUCGUACCUGCCGCCGCCUCCUGUGCCGCCGCGCGGCACACCACUCAACAUUUGCGUUCGACGGGCGGAAGACGGCACCAAUGCAUUAUAUUACAAGGUUCUCUCCACAACGAUUCUCAUGAAGGUAUUUAGGAACUACGCGAAACACAGAGGAGGUUCUCAGCGCCCCUACAUCACCCAGUGGGCGUUCAGUCUGCCCGGUUCUCCAGAGGUACUGAUCGAGGGUGAUCAGUCGUGCGACGAUAUAGGUCUCAAAGACGGUGGGGUGAUCGAUGUCAUGCCCUACGACGAGCACCCUGUGGGCCUCCGGGCGCAAGCCGCCGCGGCCGCGACGGCGGCGGCGGCUGCGAAGCAGUUCAUCGAGGACCAGCAGGUCCUCCGCGCCGAGGAAGCCGAGGAAGCCGUCGCGCACGCGGCCGCCGCGGAGGCAGCACGUCGCAUCGCGGCGAGUGAAUGAACUAUGUAAGUAUGUGCUAUGUAAUAUGAACACUUC